AUGACCCAGGUCCGGCAGAAAGUGCAUAGCCAGCUUCGAGCUGCUCAGGCACAAGGCUUCCACAGCACGAACGGAAGCCACCAGGCCUUGGUGAGGGCUGGCAAAAGAGCGCUCACUGCGCGUAGCCACACGGAGCAGUGGGAGGCACAAGCCGAUGUGGCUGAAAAGUGGGCCGAAAACAGCCUGCAGCGGGAGAAGGAGUAUGUGAGCAGUGUGAAGGAGGCAGCCGAGAACAGAACAGCCACCAUCCAUGGUGUAACCGGGGAUCGCGUUCAGAAGAGCCAGGAGCUCCUUUCGGCUUCAAAGCAGCAAGAGCAAGCGGUGAAGCUGCACUCUCACAGACAGCUGGAGACGCAGGUGCAGCAGGUUGCAAGGCACGCUCAGAUCAAGGUCGACAACUCGACACGAGCCGCAGAUGCUGCCAAACGGCAACUGUACCAGGCAGAAGCCAAGUCUGCAGAGCAGAAAGCAG